UUCUCUUCAAACCCACCGUGUCAACUCGUGUUCAAACUCACACAAGUUAAUAAAACGCCACCGUUUUGCUUUUUUAAUUCUCUUUUAUUUUUUUAAAAUAAAAAAUGGCUGAUGAAAACAGUUGCAAGAAGCGGUUACGCAAUGACUCGUCCGAGUCAGAGAUUGAAUCGUCCGAGGCAAAGCGACUCAGAGAGGAUUUGCUUGAGUUCUUGAACGAUUCCGAUCCAACUCCUUCGACUCAAGAGCUUGAUUCUGUUAUGAAGAGCUUACAGGAUGAGAUCUCCGCGUCUUCCACUUCUAAUUCCAUCUCCAUCCGUGUGACGUCAGAUUCCGGCGAGUCUCAGGCUCAGAUCGGGUAUCUUCUGGAAGCUUCCGAUGAUGAACUCGGGCUUCCACCACCGGGAUAUCCUUCGGUUCAUGAAGUUCGUGAAGUUCAUGAAGAGAAGAAAGAUGAAACUGAUUUGGCUCGAGUUUUGUCUGACUCGUCCGGGAUCGGUGAGUUAUGGGAGUUUGAGAACCAGAUCCCGAGUUAUGACUCGUUUGAUUUAGGAAACAGAUUCGAAAGUUUUGGUUAUGACUCGUUUGAUGGGAUUUUUAACCAUUCAGAUGUGUAUUAUGACUCGAACGAGUUUUCUGACUCGUGGCGGCACGGAACCUUGCCGGCACAAUAGAAAUUAUGAAGGAAAAAAAAUUUAAAAAGGAAAAAGGAAAUUUUUUUUUCCUUAAUUAAUCUAUCUAAUGGGAUUUUUAAAUUUCUUAGAUAUGUAAAUUUUUAAUUUUUUUGCUACUACUUUUUGUUCCCUUUUAUUUGGACUAGGCUAGAUAAAAGGGGAUUAUAGAAUAUAUAAUUAUGAAGCUAUGGAUCAUGCAACAUGCGUUCAUGGUGAUGAAAAUGGUUGUUUAUUUAUUUCUUCAGAAUUAUUAAUACUUUUUAUUUGAAGUUAAAAAAUAAAUGACAAAAAUAAAAUAAGAGGAAGAAAUAAA